AUGACUUCUAUUGGCCAGAGCAUUGCUCUCCCUUUGGAGCUGUGGCGAGAAAUUACAUCCCAUCUACCGAAUCGCGAUAUCAAGUCCAUGCGCCUCGCCUCUAAACAAUUAUCCAAUGCAGUGGAGCUGCGUCUCCAGCGAGUGUUUUUGUCGGCCAACCCCUUGAAUAUCGAAGUCUUUCGUGCUGUCGCAGACCAUGAGAAGUUCCGGCACCAGGUCACAGAGAUCGUCUGGGACGAUGCCCGACUACCCAGGGGCCCUCGAACACGCAGCGGACUCCCUGGCUGGGAGAAUGAAAUGGUAUCAGACGAGGAAACCAGUGAUAACGAGACCGAGAUUUGUCGCUUUCAGGGAAACUGUGAGCUAGACUGGCCUCGCGAAUAUAGCGACAAUGACGACGAUGAGGAUGACGAGGAUGAUGAGGAAGGAGGCGACCCUACCAAUCAGCUACGGAGAAGUACAAAAUUCAAAAGCAAAGAUUGUCCUGUGUGGUUCAAGGCCGCAUGCGCUGCGGGUAUCGAGGAUACUUUCUGGCGCCAAGCCGGUGACGACGGGAUAGACGAUGAAGAUCCGGAUUACAAGACUAUAAGAAAGCUGGGCUCGAUCGGGCCUCCGCUGAAUGAUGUCCUGGCUGGGAAAUUUGACGAAGAAGCAUUCAUUCAUGGAAUAAAACAAUUCCCUGCACUCAAGAAAGUGACGGUCACGCCUGCAGCCCAUGGUGUUCUUUUCACCCCGCUUUAUCAAACUCCUAUGAUCCGAUCCUUCCCGCAAGGAUUCAAUUAUCCCAUCCCCGCGGAUGGCCACUUCCUGGCCACGAACAACCAGAGGAGGCUCAACGAAGUGCAGAAAGAAAAGUUUCACGGAUUGCGCAUUGUGGCACGCGUGCUCGCUCAACAAAAAAAUGAUGUGGUCGAGCUCAGUCUAGAUUCCCGCCUACUUCGCACGGGGAUUAACUGUACGAUCCUCGAUGAUCCUUGCGAGGAACAGGAUCACUUGGUCACGCUGCUCAAUAAACCGGGCUUCCGUCACUUAGAUCUUGCUUUUACUCUCGCCGGGUCGUGGCAAUCAUUUCCCCAUGACAGGCUUUAUGAGGCGUUGAGCGAAGCAGGCGAUCUGGAGGAGAUCAGCCUCGCUACCACAGGGAUAGAUGCCGAAAAUGAACACAAGAAUCUGCGCAGUAUCACGCCUGUGCCCUUGAAGAGCAUAUUUCCCAUUGAGAAUUGGCCCAAACUCCGACACUUUGAGCUAUCACGUUUCAUAGUCAGCCAAUCCGACGUCAUAUCGUUCCUUUCAGAACUACCUGAAACUGUACGAUCUGUGAACUUGAGCUUUCUGAAAUUCGUGGACAACGGAAAUCAUUGGCAUUCUUUUCUUGCGGAGAUGCGCGAACAGAUUCGGGAAAACUGUCUCUGGUCAGAUCGACGGCGAAAUGUCACCAUCGGCUGCGAUCAAGACAUCUCUCUCCCAGGGCGUGCAAAAUGGAUUGGAAAGGAGGUAGACGAAUUCUUAUACGAGAACGGAGAAAACCCGUUCUUUGACCCUCCAUUGGAUAUGGUGAGGACCGGAUAUGGAACCGAGAAAGAUGCAUUGGACCCCAACAACUAG